GGGUCAGGGGCACCGGUGGUGUAGAGCCUAUAUAUGUAGCCAUUAGAGAUGUUUGCUUACAGACAAGCAAUUGAUCACCCUGCUGCACACACUGGUCCUAACGAUAGGCCUACAUUAUCAACGAGCGGUAAACAUGGAGGAGCUUGAUGUUACAUACACCUUUGACAACAGCACUGACAACAUGUCAGAGGAGUCUGGAGACUUUGACCUGGACUUCCAGGAGCCAUGUGGCAGAGUGCUCAGCACUGAAUUCAACAAGAUCUUCCUACCGACAGUUUACGGAAUUAUAUUUAUUCUGGGAGUCAUUGGCAAUGGAUUAGUCGUUGUUGUCAUGGGCUACCAGAAAAAGGUCAAGACGAUGACGGACAAGUACCGGCUCCAUCUCUCCGUGGCUGACCUCCUCUUCGUCCUCACCCUGCCCUUCUGGGCCGUUGAUGCUGCCAAAUCCUGGUACUUUGGGGGUUUUCUCUGUGUCUCUGUGCACAUGAUCUACACAGUGAACCUGUACAGCAGCGUGUUGAUCCUGGCCUUCAUCAGUCUGGACAGAUACUUGGCAGUUGUGCGAGCCACCAACAGCCAAGCCACAAGGAAGCUGCUUGCGAGCAGAGUGAUCUAUGUGGGUGUGUGGCUGCCCGCCGCUGUGCUGACUGUACCUGACCUGGUGUUUGCCAGGGUGCAGGACAAAGGCUCUUCAAACUUCCUCUUUUUUGACGAUAGCAUGAAGACUGGAGACUCCAGGAUCAUCUGCCAGCGCAUCUACCCGCAGGAAACCAGUCUCAUAUGGACUGUCGUUUUCCGCUUCCAGCACAUCCUGGUGGGCUUCAUACUGCCCGGUCUGGUCAUCCUUGUCUGCUACUGCAUCAUCAUCGCCAAGCUGUCGCGAGGCGCCAAGGGCCAGGCUCUGAAGAAGAAAGCGCUGAAGACCACGGUCAUCCUCAUCCUUUGUUUUUUCUCCUGCUGGCUGCCCUACUGUGUUGGCAUCUUUUUGGACAACCUGAUGAUGCUGAACGUGGUCUCUCAGUCUUGCGAAUUGCAACAAGCGGUGGAGACGUGGAUUUCUAUCACAGAGGCGCUGGCCUAUUUUCACUGCUGCCUCAACCCCAUCCUCUAUGCCUUCCUGGGAGUUAAGUUCAAGAAAUCAGCAAAGAGUGCACUGACAGCCGGCAGCAGAUCAAGUCAGAAAGUGACCCUCAUGACAAAAAAGAGAGGGGCAAUUUCAUCGGUGUCAACUGAGUCCGAGUCCUCAAGUGUUUUGUCAAGUUAACAAACAUUCGAACCCAGAGUCUGUGACUUGAUAGCAUGAGGAGAGAAAAAAAAACUAAGCUUCAAUUUCAAAGAACUUACUACAUUUUGUACAGAUGUAAAAAAA